AUCAGUGGGUUUGUGUGUCUCUGUCCAUAGGCUCAGAGCAGUGUGGACUGACGGCCUGUGUGCUGUCUCAGUGUAGUCACUUCCAGAGAUCGUUUAAGUGGGGAGACUUUACUGGAUUACAGUGAGUUAGACUUGGAUAGAUUGAUAGGUCCAAGUUUUAUUGUAGAAUAGAGAAGCAGUUCUGUGUGAUAGAUAGUUUGCGACUGACUGUGAGGCUGUGUAUUUAUCUGUAUAUUUAUCUGCAGACAGAGGAGUUGGCUCGACUACAGCUACAGUUCAGUGACCACGCUUCACUGACUCAACCCGUGGAUGUCACAAUGCAAUGUCCAUGCUGAGGAGGUCUUUCUGUUCCGGGCUGUUCUGCUGGAUGAGGCUGGAGCUGGAUGUGUUUCUCUCCUUUCCUGGACUGUGAUUGUGGUGAUCUCACUGCUGGAGACAUAGGAAGCUCUGUCUUCAGCUCUUCUCACAUUCUCGGUCAUCUGGUCUCUAGUAGCGCUGGCUGCCUGCCUGUAGAAAGCAGAGAGCAGAACAGAGAGCAGAGCAGGACUCACUCUGUUCUGUGGAGCUUGUUUCGCUGCCUGGACUGGACUUUAUAACGAGGAUGUUUACCCAUAUAAGAGGAUCUAUUGCUGUUGUGUAAAAAGGGAGCCGUUGUGAGAGACGGUAACUUUCCCUAGAAAGUGCCCAGACCCCGCCACUGCCAAGCCAUGGCCCCUCGCAAGCGUCCAGGGCGGGGCUUUUCUGAUAUAUUCUGCUGUUUUAAAGGGAGUGAUCACCCGGAGAUCACCUACCGCCUCCGUCAUGACAGUAACUUCACCCUACAGACCAUGGCGCCUUCCCUGCCCAUGCCGCCUGAGGAGGAGCUGGAUGCCAUGUUCUCUGAGCUUGUGGAGGAGCUGGACCUGUCAGGGAAACACAGGGAAGUCAUGUUCGCCCUGCCAGCUGAAAAGAAAUGGCAGAUGUACUGCAGCAAGAAGAAGGAGGGAGAAGAGAGCAAGGGUGCGACUAGCUGGCCAGAGUUCUACAUCGACCAGUUGAAUUCCAUGGCUGCUAGGAAGACUCUUAUUGCGCUGGAAAAGGAGGAUGAGGAAGAGAGGAACAAGACCAUAGAGAGCUUGAAGACCGCUCUAAGGACUCAACCAAUGAGGUUUGUGACGCGGUUCAUCGACCUGGACGGCCUGACCUGCAUCCUGAACUUCCUGAAGAGCAUGGACUACGACACCACCGAGUCCCAGAUCCACACGUCCCUGAUCGGCUGCAUCAAGGCCCUGAUGAACAACUCCCAGGGCCGCUCCCAUGUGCUCUCCCACACAGAGAGCAUCAACAUCAUCGCCCAGAGCCUGGCCACUGAGAAUGUCAAGACCAAGGUGGCAGUGCUGGAGAUCAUGGGUGCUGUCUGUCUGGUGCCAGGAGGCCACAGGAAGAUCCUGGAGGCCAUGUUGCAUUACCAGAAGUUUGCCUGCGAGAGGACUCGCUUCCAGACUCUGCUGAAUGACCUGGAUAGGAGUACGGGGCGCUACAGGGACGAGGUCAACCUGAAAACAGCCAUCAUGUCCUUCAUCAAUGCAGUGCUCAGUCAGGGAGCAGGGGAGUCAAGCUUUGAGUUCAGAAUUCACCUGAGGUACGAGUUCCUCAUGUUGGGCAUCCAGCCAGUCAUCGAUAAACUGAGGUCCCACGACAACUCAACGUUAGACAGGCAUUUAGACUUCUUUGAGAUGCUGAGAAACGAGGAUGAACUGUCGUUGGCAAAACGCUUUGACACCGUGCACAUUGACACAAAAAGUGCCACGCAAGUGUUUGAACUCAUAAAGAAGAAGAUGAGCCACACAGAUGCACACCCGCACUUUAUAUCUGUCUUACAGCACUGUCUCCUUAUGCCUUACAAGCGUAGUGGGAACACGGUGCAGUACUGGCUCCUCCUGGACCGCAUCGUCCAGCAGAUCGUCCUUCAGAACGACAAAGGUCACGACCCUGACGUCACCCCUCUGGAGAACUUCAACGUGAAGAACGUGGUGCGAAUGCUGGUCAACGAGAAUGAAGUUAAACAGUGGAAAGAACAGGCGGAGAAAAUGAGAAAAGACCACCACGAGCUGCAGCAGAAGUUUGACAAGAAGGAACGCGAGUGUGACGCCAAGACCCAGGAGAAGGAGGACAUGAUGCAGACGCUGAAUAAGAUGAAGGAGAAGCUGGAGAAAGAGUCCAGCGAGCACAAACAGGUCAAGCAGCAAGUGGCCGACCUCUCCGCCCAGCUGCAUGACCUCAGCACUAGGCCAAAUCCAAGUGUUCCUGGUGGUCCUCCAUUCAUACCUGGGGCCCCUGGAGGUCCCACAGCACCCCCUCCCAUGCAGACUGGCAUGAUCCCAGCCCCUCUACCACUCACUCAGGGCAUGCCUCCACCACCACCCCCUCCACCCGGUGGACCCCCACCUCCUCCGGGCAUGGCUCCCUUCGGUCUCCCUCCUCCACCUGGAGCUCCAAUGGGACCUGGUCUGAAGAAGAAAAAUAUCCCCCAGCCUUCCAACCCACUCAAGUCAUUCAACUGGGCUAAGCUGGCUGAGAAUAAGCUGGAAGGCACUGUGUGGACGGACGUCGAUGACAUCAAUGUUUUCAAAAUCCUGGACCUUGAGGACAUCGAGAAGACCUUCUCUGCAUACCAGAGACAGCAGAAAGAGUCUGAAGAUGACACGGUGACCUCCAAGAAGGUCAAGGAGCUGUCAGUCAUCGAUGGUCGCAGAGCCCAGAACUGUAACAUCCUCCUCUCUCGGCUGAAGCUGACCAAUGAGGAGAUCAAGAGGGCCAUCAUGACGAUGGACGAACACGAGGAUCUGCCCAAGGACAUGCUGGAGCAGCUGCUGAAGUUUGUCCCGGAGAAGAGUGACGUGGAUCUCCUGGAGGAGCACAAGCAUGAGCUGGACCGCAUGGCCAAGGCUGACCGCUUCCUGUACGAGAUGAGCAGAAUCAACCACUACCAGCCAAGGCUGCAGUCUCUCUUCUUCAAAAAGAAAUUUGCUGAAAGAAUCGUCGAAGUCAAACCUAAAGUUGAAGCACUGAACAGGGCAUCUAAAGAGGUGCUGCAGAGUCACAACCUCAAGCAGCUUCUGGAGGUGGUCCUGGCCUUUGGUAACUACAUGAACAAGGGUCAGAGGGGGAACGCCUAUGGCUUCAAAGUGUCCUCACUCAACAAGAUUGCUGACACCAAGUCCAGCAUUGACAAGAACAUCACUCUGCUGCAUUACCUGAUCACCAUCCUGGAGCAUAAGUAUCCCAAAGUGGCCGUGUUCCAGGAAGAGCUUCAGAGUGUUCCAGAGGCAGCCAAAGUCAAUAUGACAGAGCUGGAGAAAGACAUCAACAACUUGCGUUCUGGACUGAAGAGUGUGGAAAUGGAGCUGGAGUUUCAGAGAGGUCUUCCUCAGGUUUCGGGGGAUAAGUUUGUGUCUGUGGUGAGCCAGUUCAUCACCGUGGCCAGCUUCAGCUUCUCAGACGUGGAGGAUUCUCUGACCGAGGCCAAGGAGCUGUUCCUGAAGGCAGUGCAGCAUUUUGGAGAGGAUGCAACCCGUAUGCAGCCUGACGAGUUCUUCGGAAUCUUCGACCAAUUCCUGCAGGCGUUCGCUGAGGCCAAGCAGGAGAAUGAGAACAUGCGCAGACGCAAGGAUGAAGAGGAGCGACGGGCCCGCAUGGAAGCACAGCUGAAGGAGCAGAGGGAGAAGGAGCACAAGUCCAGGAAGGCUAAGGAGAACUGUGAGGAGGACGGUGAGUUCGACGACCUUGUUUCAGCCCUGCGCUCUGGGGAGGUGUUCGAUAAGGACCUGUCCAAGAUGAAACGCAACCGCAAGCGCGUCAACUCAUCAGCUGAGACCAGCAGGGAGCGGCCAGUCACCAAACUGAACCUCUAAAACAACUGAUGACGGAUCCUUUGUCCUACUAGAGCUAGGCUAUGCUGCCCUCUGGUGGCUUGGAAUGGGCCUAGCGCCCCUUCAUUUUGGAGUGGACAGAACUCACUACUAAAACAGAACUGAAAUGAGCAUGAAAGGUGGUGGACAGACCUCUACUUACUCUUCUGCUACUCAAGCAACAAUAACCCAGAGCUUGUGUCUGUCUGGAAACAGACAUUACCUCCUAAUGAAAUCCAUGAACUAUGGAUCAGGAGUGACUCUAAGCUAUUUGAGUUAACCUACAUUUUUAAAUGCUGUGGUCUGAAUGACAGUUUUACUCAUGUCGUGAAUGGGGCACUUUAAUAGCAUAGGGCUGGUGCCCUAGAGUAGGACCCUCUUCUUGACCCUCCCUGUCUGCAAAGAUAACCAGGAAGUGGAAUGGAAAGCCUGGGAUAACACACACACACACUGAGUGACCCUGGCGGAGACACAUUUCCUGUUUUAAUCGGGAGAAUGUACUAGCCUUUGUGUAAAAUCUUUCCUGCUAUUGUGUUCAGUCAGACUCCCUUAAGGGUAUAGUAAAAGAUGUCAACCCCAUGCAUAGAAACAGUGUCUGUUGAAGCACAAUCCAGUAUGUAUGAGUGAUAAUGUUUUUUAGCUGAGCACAAAAGCAUAACAACAAGAUACACAUUUUGAUACUGUUUUUUUUAUCACAAUUUUACAAAGACCUGAUUUAGAUAUAUUAAAAACCAAAUCACAGAUGCAAUAUUGCCAUUUUAUUAGAGCCCUAACUUUCACCUUUAGAAAAUAAUCUAUUAAAACAGCAACAAAAGAUGGGUUGAAAAGAUAAUGUAUAUUUUACUGUAUAUACAGUAUUGUAAAAGAGUAUAGAACCUAGUUUGAAGUUUUGAAAGGAUAUUGUCUCCGAUUUGAUUUAAAGUGUUACCAAAAAUGAUUGCUCUACUUCUGGCCAUCCUGACAAACAGUGUGGAUAUCAGUCUGGAAACUAUGCAUCCUAUACAUGUUUUAUUUGUGUUCAAUACUGUCAUAUAUGUGUAUAUAUUAUGUAUUGUGCCAAUUCCCGUGUCACCUUCUCACUAUGUUAUGUACAGCAGAAACUUUUCAGUUAUUUAGUCAGAUCCAAUUAGUAAAACCCUUCUAAAAACCUUUGGUCACAUUUCUACCGACACCCUCCUUAACUGUGUGAUAGCAUUUAUGAUGGAGGUAUGUGGGUUCUUUCAAUACAGCUUUUUUAUUAUUUAAACAACUUUCUAUUUCGAAACGGACUAAAGUAAUAAACCUGGAUGUCAAUUA